AUGGCAAUUGAAGUUUUGGCAGAGAUUUCAAGCCCAAGAAUCUCGUUUUCUGACGAUCUCGACCAAGAAGAUGGGGUAGAUUCCAUUGAAGAAUGUCAUCAUCAGAGAUUAGACACAUCACUCUUAAAUCCAACAUCGGAUCUCGAUUUCUGUUUUGUUAAUAAUAGUUUCGUUCAAGAACUCCCUUCAGCUGAUGAGCUCUUUUCCAAUGGCAAGAUUCGACCAAUUGAGAUAAAGCAAAAAGCUGGGGUUGCGAAUCAAGUUCGUCGUCAACUCCAACCUGGUGCUGUUGUUCGUUCUUCACCCCAGCAGUUCAAAACAGAUAACCGAGAGAAGAAAAGAUUGAAAGAAUUUUUAUUAAUGAGCAUUGAUGAAGAUGAUAAGCCUGCCUCAUCCAAAUCUUUCUGGCACUUUAACAGAAGCAGUAGUCUCAAUUGUGAAAGUAGUCGAAGUAAAAGCCUAAUCCGGUCACUUCAGUUUCUUACACGCAGUAAUUCAACAGGUUCAACUCCAAUUCCAAAAGAAACCCAGAAACAGCCAUCUUUGACAAGAAGAUCAUCAGUGUCAAGUUCUUCUUCUGGUACGUUUUAUUAUACUUAUUAUGGUAAUUCUACACAAAAGCCUGCAUUAAAGAAGAGUUGUGGAGCUCAUGGGAAUGGAGUUCGAGUGAGUCCUAUUUUGAAUCUUCCAAAUCCAAUCAUUUCUAAUGCAACUGUAAGCUUUUUUGGGUUUGGUUCACUCUUCUGUAAUGGUAAGACCAAAACGAAGAAAAGAUGA